CGCUGUCAUCGAGCCCACCAGGCGGGGGAUGAGGAGGCCGCGGGAGGAGGAGGAGGAGGAGGAGAAGCGCCGGGCUUCGCAGCGCGGAGCUUUUGGGAGCCAGGAAAAUCCAGUUUCUAUACAGAAUUCUUGCUGAACCGCCAAUACCUCUUCAAUCAGGAAGAUAAAGCUGACGACAAUUAUUAUACAUGACAGCUUUUACAAAUGAAAGUGGUUUCAAGCUCCUGAAGUCAAAGGCCCAUGGCAAUGAAAAAUAUAUUAAUUCUGUCACCAGGUUAAGAGAAAUACCUACAAGAAUCUUCCUAGAGCUACGUCUUUGCCUGUUGUCUUAUUAAAAUACGGUACCCCCAAAGAUAUAGGUCUCUUGACUGCAAAUAAAAUGGAGGCCUUAGAAGUUGAUGAUAUUAGUCCAGCCUUGGAGGUGACUGAAGACUUCUUCAGUUCCUUUGAUGCUAAGCUGGAAAAUGUGCAGCCACUGGAGGUUUAUGGUGUUCAGGAGAUUCCGGAACUGGUUGGAUGUGACGCAUUUAAUAAAAUCACAGCCUGUGAAGAUUUAAGAAACAUUGCUUCUUUAGGGAAGAAUAACGUCGUUUGGGCACACUGCAAAAAUGGAGUUCCAGAAACCAAAGUAGAGACUGCAUUUCCUGCCAAAGAGCAGUUUAGAGUGCAAAGAAGAACGGUUCCAGAUAAUCUUUCCUGGGUCGAACAGGGAGAUGCUUCGACUUUUAAUAUCUUUAACAUCUGCCAGAGGAGGAAGGAUCGUCCGCGUUCUGUGAAUGAUGUUAUAGUCCAAAAUGAGGAAACUUCCUCUUUCAAGCCAGGCCAUAACCGCUCACAUUCUGAUAUUAGUCACAUAAAUUGGAGUGUCAUCUUCAGUAAUGCCUCUCCACAACAGCUGUCUAAUCAGGCCAGCCAGUGCUCUAAACAUUCAUUUACACCAACUGGAUUCAAAAAGGGGAAAGAUAUUCAAGGGAACACUGAACACAAGCCUACGUAUUCAAAUAUCCUGAAGAAAGGGUACGUAGAAAUUAAGAACAACCAUGGCUCUUACUGGCAGGCUUGUUACGCCGAACUUUCACCGUAUGAACUUUAUCUGUAUCAGCUUGACAAGAGCGGCAACCAGAAUCUUCCAACAGUCUAUCUGCUUUUGCACUUCCAGAGCAUCAACGUGGAAACCAACGUAGUUGAUGCAGUCCUGUUCAACAAUUUGCACCUGCAACUCAAAGCAGAAUCGCCUUGGGAAGCUUUGGACUGGGGGCAAAAGCUUCGGCAAGCUGUUCAUUCUUCAGUUCCAUCGUUUCUGAGGCCGAAAGGAGACUUGGUGAACUCAUGGAAGUUGGAUAACGCCGAGAGCAGCCUCACUCAAAACCACGGCUUACAGAAGGAGCCGCCUGAAUUUUUCCAGUUCACAUCUUUGACCCCAAACAUCAAGGAUUACCAAAGCAUUGUCAAAUCAGGGAUUCUCUACAGGUUGACCCUCCAGAAUAACUGGAAAGCAUUCCAUUUUGUACUCAGUGGGUCUCUCCUCUUGGCCUUUCAGAUUGGUGGGCUUGAUGAGGACCCUCUGUGGAGCUACAACCUUGAGGCGUGCGUCUCUGUUCAAACCGAUGUUCUGGAUGAUUGCGACUCUUGCUUUCAGGUGAUCUUUCCUCAAGAUGUGCUUCGUCUCCGUGCAGAAACUCUUCAAAGGGCUCAGGAAUGGAUGGAGGCUUUGAAGGCUGCAAGCAGAGCAGCAGGUUUAGGGCAAAAUCUGCAGGUGACACUUAGGAACAAAGUUCAAGGUUUGUCUUGUGGAAAAGAACAUAGGAAGAUCAAGCGCCAGUCGGUCACCACCAGUUUUCUGAGCAUUUUAACUACCUUGUCCUUGGAAAGAGGCCUGACUGCUCAGAGUUUCAAGUGUGCAGGCUGCCAGCGUUGCAUUGGCUUAAGCAGUGGGAAAGCAAAAGUAUGCAACUACAGUGGAUGGUAUUACUGCAAUCUCUGUCACGUUGAUGAUACCUUUCUAAUUCCUGCACGGCUAGUUCAUAACUGGGAUACUUCAAAAUACAAGGUAUCAAAGCAAGCCAAAGAGUUCCUGGAAUAUGUUUAUGAAGAACCCCUCAUUGACAUUCAGAGAGAAAAUCCCAUAUUGUACAGACAUGUUGAGCCAUUGGCAAGUGUGGCCCGGCUGAGACAGCAACUGAAAUCCCUCCGAGCCUAUUUAUUCAGCUGCAGAGCGGCAGUGGCUGAAGACCUGCGAAGGAGAAUUUUUCCCAGGGAAUAUCUUCUUCAGCAGACUCACCUAUAUUCUCUGGCAGAUCUACAGCAGGUUAUCGAAGGGAAGCUGUCCCCUUUCCUUGGGAAAGUGAUAAAGUUUGCAACCUCCCAUGUUUACAGCUGCAGCCUUUGUAGUCAAAAGGGAUUCAUCUGUGAGAUCUGUAAUAAUGGUGAAAUUCUGUACCCCUUUGAGGACAGUUCUACAAGCAGGUGUGAAAGCUGUAGUGCUGUCUUCCAUUCAGAAUGCAAAGAAAAGGCCGUUCCGUGCCCCAGAUGUGUGAGGAGAGAGCUGCAGAUGAAGCAGAAAUCCUUUUGGAGAAGACUGAACAUGGAUGAGAGCCUGGAAGAGGCCUGCAACAUGUUUGAAUUGUCCUAUCAGAAUACAUGAUCUGAGGGGGAAACGUGACAACCUUACAUCCUUCCCCAGCUUGGAAUGAAUGCUCUAAGGCGCUGGUUCGUUGCCAGGGAGAAUACUUUACUACCCAAAAAAUAAUAAUGUUGAUGUAUGUUUUGUUCCUGAGUAGCUGGAGUUCAGAACGCUAAGAAAUUCAAAGGCUAAAUUGCAAUUAUGAACUGGUUAGGGAACCAACGGGUGUUACACCAAGAGUAGUUUGCUUGAAAUAUUUACUAUUGUCUGCAUUGAUUGCAUUCUCUUUGCAUUGGAAGAUCUCAUUGGCUUGUAUUUAUUACUGGACUUCAAGUGGUUUUUCUUUUUGGUAGAAAUAGAUGGCAUUGCUAUUUAAAGUUCACAAAUUACUUAGGACAAUGUGCCUGUGGACAGGUAUCUGUAGAGCUUUGUGCAGCUUAGAAAAAUGACUUAAUAAACGGCUUGUAUGAAUAUUUUCCCUGCUCCCCCCAAAAUCAAGCCAGUUCCAUUUUAGAAGCACGGCAUGGUAAUUGUCCUUAAAACCUCUAUAAAACCAAGUGCUAAAACUUGUCUAGGGCUUAUGUUAAUAUUCCAGAAUACUAGAAAAAAAUGCUUUCAGUGAUGAAAUAUUCACAGUUGAAUACUUGUUCACAACACAAUUGUUCACAAACCAUUAAUUCAGAUUCUGAUUUUCCCACAUGUAACACCAUAAAACUUGAAUAUUUAAUCCCCUUUGAUGUUAAAUAAUGUGCAUUGCUUUGCUCAUAUCUUG